GCAGUGUGUCAUGUUUGGCGGGCUGGCGAAAUUGCGGGGGGACGCAGCUUCAGUCGCUAAUGGAUCUGGCGAUGGCUACCACUUGAUUGUUUUGUAUGAGCAUACGCUGCACAUAUUUCAAUCCAGCCGACGGUGUCGUUGCUGCACCGUUUCCGCUAGCUCCAUAAACAUCCCGCAGCCGCCGCCUCCCAGUCCCUCCAGCACCCCUGCUAGCCGCGCCAUGUAUCGUCCUCGUCAUGCUUCUUCCCAACUCCCUUCGCCCCACGAGUUGUCCUUCCAACCUUGGCAGCAAUUGCCUCUGGAAUCGCUGACACAUGUGUGGCUGCCGUACCAGACCCACGGCCUGACGGUCGCUACCCGUCGCAACGAUGUGAUCUUGCAAUGGGCUGACUUGGAGACUGGCUGGAUGAGCUUUAGCCACAACCAAUCCAGAGGAGAAUUCCUAGACUACCUACACCGACAAGAUUAUACGCUCGCCAUCGAUCACUUGGACUUGGACGACGUGGCAUCCCCACACAGCACCAUCGUCGGUCGAAACUGGUCGUUCUUAACCCCCAACUACUCGCUCAAUCCACUCCCUCAAACAACGGCAGAUACCCCCGUCCCCCCAUCGCCCCCUGCUGCCGCUCCAAGCGACAAUACAGGGUUGACCUACGAGGAUCGGCAUUCCAGCGCCUACGAAGCAUCCCUCUUGACCUUGUACAUGCACUUGCCUACUGCUAGUACUACUACUGGUAGUAGUAGUAGUAGUACCGUCUUGCCCCAUCACGAGCAUACCUUGGACAUCCGAGGCCUCCAAGUGGCGCUAACGUACCAAGUCAAACAUGGCUUAGCCUUGGCUUUGGAGGGAAAUGUGAUGGGCAUGUCCUUGUUGAGUAUGGUCGUGGAAGGCGCGAUCUGUCUCGACUGGGGGGACCUCCACGCGCUGGGGCUUGUGGGCGUUGCGUUGGCCGAGUGCAGGGGCGGCCAGCGAUUCACGGCAGCGAUGGCCAACAUUGAAACGUCGUUUCGAUUGAGCUGGGAAAGUGGGCACGACGUGGGCUGCUUUGUGGCAAGUGUGGCCCAAUAUGACGUGCAGUGUGCACAGCUAGCUUGGGACGCCGCCUAUGCCAGCCUCAAGAAAGCUCAACGUUUCGCCCCACCCAAGCACAAGCCCCUCAUGCACUCCAAGCUUCAAGCUUUGCACGAUCGAGUACAAGGCAAAGACAGUACCGCCGUCCCCACUGGCUGGCGACGGGUGCUUUCCCCCCGACGGAGUUCCAACGACUUGGUUAUCUCAACAUCAUCCAAACCUCCAAUAUCAAACUUGACCAGUGUCGUGCUGGACGACUUGGCCGUUUCCGAUUUGACCUAUUACAUGCCCAACCCCACGGUUCUCGUCAAAGUGACCCCCCACCGGCAAUACCGCCUCUCGUACCACCGACACUGGACUGUGCAUACAUUGUUAAGCCACGUUAUCUGCCGCCAUGAGCGGCGCACUGUCCAGGACAUGACAAGUCAACUGUUUUGCAUCGUUGGGCUCGAUAUCGACCCAUCUCAACAACACGACCAAGUGUUAGCGCUGCACCAGUCCAUGGCGUCGGUCAUGGACAGUUCGACACCUGUGAGGUUCAAAGCUAUCCUGGCCGAUCGGCCUGCCGUGGUGGCGGUGGAGACGGGCGUGACAGUGGCGUGUACGUUGUGCCAGUGUCAAAUCCCGAUCGAACUCGUCGAAGUGCACUCACAUACAUGUUAUUAACUGUCGACCACAGAUGUGUAGUACAUGGCCCAUCUGCAAACCCCCAAAGAUAAUAUCAAUAGGAAUACUAAAUAGUACUACUAAAAUACUACUUCGAAG